ACCGAUCAUCCACAAGAUGGCUUCGCUACAACAGAAACACCACUUCAUUCCUCGAUUUAUCCUGAGGAGGUUCGCACCCAAAGAGCAGCCUCCUGCAGGCCCUGCUUCCUCUAGAAGAAAAACGCGUCGAGACUUCCUCGUCAACAAGGUCGACCUUGAGAAAUGCAUGUUGACCCAGCGUGCAGUUUCGACCGAAUUUGCCCUGGUGGACAUGUAUCGAGACCCCGGCUUCGACAAGAACCCAUACCACUUAGAGGAGAAGCUUUCACAGCUGGAGGGCCAGGCCAGCAUUAUAAUUGAGCGAGCUCACACGAGCUUUGCGAACAACUCGGUCCUGGAACUGAAGAGAGCCGAGGUCGAUAAUUUACGCAAAUUCCUGUUUCUGAUGAAGUAUCGAAACUCGAGCAUGUUCGACAGGUAUAAUCAUGAUUCCAUCGAGGACUACGAUUCCGACGAUCGCGCACGAAUGGAAAGAUACAUGAAGGCGAAAGGGUUUCAUCAACCACGCGAAGUGUGGUUUGACAAUCUGCGGCAGCUUCUGGAUCUCCGGAUGGAUCCAGAGAAGAGUUGGACAAAAACACUGGCAGGGGAAAUGUAUCCGGAUGAUGCGAAAAUGUUCGAGUUGCAUCUUCUACAUAGCUAUCUCACCUUCUGUUCGCCAGAGGCUCCAGAGGAGGAGUUUCUCCUCACCCAGAAUGCUUAUGGUGUUUUUGAAGGCCCGUCAACUGUCCGACUGAAUACUGCAACAAGGAAGAUGGAAGCUCUCGUGUACAACGAGCAUCAUAAUUUCGCUCCUCUAUCCCCUCGGCUUAUCAUUGUCUUGAGGAGUCAUCUUGUAUCGCCGCCGAUUCAGGAUAGCAGAUUCGAGGCUGCCUGGGAGCAGAUCGGACGGACACUCCGAUCUUACCAUCUCCACCCGGACCGAGCAGGAUCUAUGCUUCAAGAUCUUCCCGUUAGCCCUUGCAAGACAGUUCGUGUUUCGCCAACACCAACAUCAUCAAAAGACUUCCACGCAAAUGACCGGUUUCAAUUCCAGUGCUUCAAGCUCUCUUCCGCCCAUGUUGCAAUCAUCAACAAUCUUUUUCUCGAAGAAGGGUACAUCACAUCUUCGAUAGUCUACUACUCGCCCAACUCUCUAAGAGCAAGCAUAGAAAAGUAUUUCGAAGAUGAGUCCGAAGGAAUGAAAACCGUUUUUGAAAAGGACCCGCUCGAUAAACGUGGUUUGUAUCUCGCUUCGCUCGCGAGAAUUCUUCACGACCUUGGGGGAAGCACCAAGUGUAAGACAAUUCCUUUCGGCCUGUCACCGGGUCGAGUUCACAUGUCAUUCUCUGUGGCAUGGCAGGUCGCAAUCCAAUUAUUGCAGAGGGAAGAAGGCGAGGGUUCCCUGCCACGGAUUUACUUCUCGUUAAAACCAGGAUCAACAGAAAGGGGCUUCUGGAACGACAUCUACCAAGCCAGUCUCAUGAUGCAACUGCGUACUAAAAUCGACAGAGCACUUAAGACCGCCCGGCUGAACCACGAAGAUAAAGUCUGCGUUCGGCUCAAUCGACAAGCUUUCUUUUGUACUUUUCCACCCGAGAGACUGUGGAUAUAUCUGAAGAUCUCGCGAAACAUGAACAGAUUUCACCCCGACGAUUUUACGGUCCAGAUUGCAGAUCUUAGCUUGGAUGGAGCAGAAGACAAGUAUGCAAAGCUGAUUCCAUCCUAUCCUAGUCGCCGUGAUGUCCUUGUCGCAUUGAUGUAUCGUGAAGGAAUGACCUAGGCCUCAUCGGCUUUAGAAAAAUCCUCAAAUAUCCAUCAACUCCGAAACGUGAUCCCGUGGGCUUGGCUCAUAUAUAACAAUUUGUUAAUUUAUGCCUUUUCCAUGAGGCGUCAAAAUCAGGCAUCCUUAUCAGGAUACCACCCUUGGUAGUGUACCUUGAUCAUUAAACAGAUACACAAUAAGAUAUUUCAAUUUAAUGAGUGGUUGAAUGGCUUCAUAAAUGAAAUGGAUGUCAGUAGCUCCAAAAUCCUUUCUAAUCAGCGUUGAGGGAACUGGCUUUUGAUAUUCCCCUAAGAUGAUGGCCAGCAGAGCUUAUAUUGUGGAUCCGACGCAUUCGGCAGUGCAACCGGU